AUCUGCUACUGGUUGUCCUUCGCCGUACUUACCCGGGAAAUUAGUAGUUAACGUUUGCCGACUUUAAACCAGUGCUACUGUAAUGAAAAGCGCUCCAUCAAAUCAUUUUGCACUGUUUGUUAGGAAUAGGAAAACAUAUUAUUUAAUUAGUUUGAAAAGGGAAGGAACAGUCCUAAUGUUUCUAUUAACCUUUUUAAUUUUCAAAAACAAGAUUCCAAGGAGAAAAUGAACGAGAGAAUAAAAUCCGCCUUUGAUUUACUUCUGAAUGAAGCACAAGAUUUUUGUAUUGGAACUGAGAUCAGUGAACUCAAUGCUCUGCCCGACACAUUGGAAUUCUGUCGUGAGUACUAUGCCAAACAAAAGCCAGUGAUAUUUAGAAAUGUGCUCUCAUCGUGGAAGGCUUUACACAAAUGGAAUCCGGAAUACUUCAAACAACAAAUGGGCUCUAAACUAGUUGAUGUGGCUGUUACACCCAAUGGUUAUGCUGAUGGCUUGGCAGUGCGGCAUGUGGACAAAAAGGAGUAUUUUGUUUUGCCAUAUGAGGAAAAAAUAACAAUGGAAUCAUUUCUAGAGAGGCUGGAUGAUCCCACCGGUGCUGUGUAUUAUAUACAAAAACAAAACUCGAAUUUUACUACAGAUUUUCCUGAACUUAAGGAUGACAUUGAUACAGAGAUUUUUGAGUUUGCCGAGAAGUGUUUCAACAAACCACCCGAUGCUGUGAAUUUUUGGAUGGGCGAUGAAAAGGCCAUAACAUCAAUGCACAAAGAUCCAUAUGAUAAUAUAUAUUGUGUUAUUUCUGGCCACAAAGAUUUCAUAUUAUUUCCACCACAUUGCCUUCCUUGGAUACCCAAGACCUUGUAUCCCACUGGUGUAUACAAACGCAACGAAAAUAACCAAUAUUAUAUUGAACCUGUGCUUGAAGAACAUUACAAUGAUGAGGGUGAAGUGGAAAGCAUUGGUCCCGAACCUCUCUUAACUGAGUGGAUUAGCAUUGAUCCCUUGGCUCCUGACUUGGCAAAAUAUCCACAAUAUUCUAAAAUAAAACCGCUGCACGUACGCCUCAAUGCAGGAGAUGUUUUGUUUCUACCCAACUAUUGGUACCAUCAUGUCCGUCAGAGUCAUAAGUGUAUUGCGGUGAAUUUUUGGUAUGACAUGGAAUAUGAUAGUCGUUAUUGUUACUAUAGAAUGUUGGAGGAAUUGGCAAAAAGCUAACGCGCUAAAACAAUGUGUAGAACUUUAAUUCAAAAAGCAAUCAAUUUUUGUUCCCAAUAAACAUCUGGUAGAUAAUCCGGCUUUAAUUUAAAA